ACCAAAAAAAAAAAAAAGCCACUUAAUCAGUAAACGAGAAGAAGCAGACGGACAAACCAGCAUAGACAAGAAAAAUGGCAUGGAAAUAUUCUGGCGGUCUAAUGGUGCUUUUGCUCUGCACUACAGCCAGCAGCAGUUUGAAUUUGGCCAGCACCACAACCACCAGCAAUGAACCCACCGGCCUCUCCGAGCAGGUGGUCGAUCAGCUAAGCGAGAACGAUCUGUAUCAGGCCAAUAAACGGGCCUGGCAGUCCCUACAGAGUUCCUGGGGAAAACGUUCCAAUGCUGGCGAUGUCGUCGGAGGAUUCGGUGCCGGCGGCGAUGAUAUCUAUAUGACCGGACACUUUGUCCCACUGGUGGUUACCGACGGUACCAAUACCAUUGAUUGGAAGACCUUUGAGCGCAUGGCCAACCAGGGUCAACAACAGCAGGGGGAUCAGGUGGCAGAGCAACCACAAUCGGAUGAGGAACCCGACGAGAUUGGCGACGUUGAGGCGGCCAGUAACAAUCUGCUGGAUAAACGGGCCUGGAAGAACAUGAACGUUGCCUGGGGUAAGCGUCGUCAGGCUCAGGGUUGGAACAAGUUCCGCGGUGCCUGGGGCAAACGUGAGCCCACCUGGAAUAAUCUAAAGGGCAUGUGGGGUAAGCGUGAUCAGUGGCAGAAGCUGCAUGGCGGUUGGGGCAAACGUUCGCCCAUGAAUUAAGGAUCAUUUAAUAACUCAAGGCAACUGCAUACCAAAUACUAAAAACAAAAGCAAAUAAAACAGCAACAACAAAAACAAAUACUAA